UUUGUCUUCAUUUCCUGAAGGAUGUCUACCACAGAUACGCCCACCCAUAUCAUACCUAAAGUGUAUUAUGAUGAAGAUGACGUCUUCACGGUUGAUGUCACUAACAACGAAGAACUGACUUGGCUGUACACUACAGAGUGGACAUGUAUGCCUAUAUCAGGGAAAUGGGAAAUUGUACAUUCACGAGAAGUGCACAAACACUUCUGCGAUUUAGUGCAUCAUUUUGACAAUCCUCCAACGGUGAAGACGGCGAGUUUACGUAGCCCUGAACCGAAGGUCAUUCUGGUACUCAGACAUGACACAAGGGAAAACGCGUUUGGAAUGAUGUGUAAACUGAUUGAUGUGAAAGACACUGUCGUGACAUUUCUGCGAUGUGUGAAAAUACCGGCGGAUAAUAUCAACGUGAGGGUUAUGCUGAAGGGAGUGAAUGAACCAGCCGAGCAGCAGAACGGAGGGGGCACGUGUCUGUUCGAGUCGACGCCGGACUAUGCUACGAGAUAUACGUCGGAAACAACAUGGCUGUGUAAAACUGAUGCCGGGUUUAAGGUGUCUGACGGUGAAACGUCAAAGAGACAUUUUUCAGAAUUGCAGGACGCUAUUGGAGCAAAAUACAGGGCUUAUUUGAAAUCUAUUCGGACCGGAUCUGUGAAGUUCUUCGUUCAUCACGAAACUACACAAGACGCCCAGGAGAUGAUCAGUAAACACGAGGAAGUGAGAGCCAUGAUCCUGGAGUGUCUCCAAGCGAUAGAUUCUACAGUGAAGGACAUCCAGAUGGACGUCCAGCUGCAAGACUUCAUAGGUCCUGUCACGGGGAAGAAGGCAGAUAGCCAAGCCUGGAGCCAGAUGGAAGCACGGAGACCUGGACCUACACCGAAGUCUGAUGUACCCGCCACGAUCAGAGAGAGGGACACACGGAAGUAUGGAACCCCCUCCAGACCUGCCACACGAGCGACACCGACUCCCGCACGGAGAGACGCCCGGGCAGACGCCGACCUCCGUGACGCCUGCAGGGAGGGGAACCUGGCGGAGGUGAAGCGGAUCCUGGACACAGGUCGGGCUGACGUCAACUGUAGAGGUGGGGUCGGGAGGACACCGGUGAUGGAGGCAGCAUGGCGGGGACACGGGGAUGUGGUGGAGCUCCUUGUGAGUCGAGGUGCUGAUGUGUCACUGGUGGACGAUGGCGGUGAGAACAUCCUUCACUGCGCCUGUCUGGGAGGAGACAGGAAGACAGUGGAGUUUGUGCUGUCUCUGGACGGGGUGGACGUCAACAGUAGAGGAGGGAGGAGCAGCACACCGGUGAUGGUGGCAGCACGGCGGGGACACGGGGAUGUGGUGGAGCUCCUUGUGAGUCGAGGUGCUGAUGUGUCACUGGUGGACGAUGACGGUAACAACACCCUUCACUGGGCCUGUUGGAGAGGAGACAGGAAGACAGUGGAGUUUGUCCUGUCUCUGGACCGGGUGGACAUCAACAGUAGAGGAGGGGGGAGCUGGACACCGGUGAUGUGGGCAGCACGGUGGAGACACAGGGAUAUGGUGGAGCUCCUUGUGAGUCGAGGUGCUGAUGUGUCACUGGUGGACGAUGACGGUAACAACACCCUUCACUGGGCCUGUUGGAGAGGAGACAGGAAGACAGUGGAGUUUGUCCUGUCUCUGGACCGGGUGGACAUCAACAGUAGAGGAGGGGGGAGCUGGACACCGGUGAUGUGGGCAGCACGGUGGAGACACAGGGAUAUGGUGGAGCUCCUUGUGAGUCGAGGUGCUGAUGUGUCACUGGUGGACGAUGUCGGUGACAACACCCUUCACUUCGCCUGUGCGGGAGGAGACAGGAAGACAGUGGAGUUUGUCCUGUCUCGGGACGGGGUGGACGUCAACGUCAGGAACAACAACGGGCAGACAGCGGCCGACGUGGCGAGAGGCGUGGGACAUCGUCAACUGUCGGAUCUCCUGGUGUCACGUGGUACACAGUGAAGUGAAUGUAGUGUUGAUGUAGACAGUGAUGGAGGACAUGUCGUUACUGACACUGACGUUGUGCAUGCCGUUCACGUCGUCGCGUUGUUUAUGAUUCAGUAUGAAGGUGAGAAUAUUUGUUGUGUUUGACGAGAAAUAAAACUUGUUGAGAACA